AUGCCCAGCAAGAGGGAUCGCAGGGUCUUGAGGACGGAUGACGUGGCGAACCUCGAGGACGAAGAGAAGAGAAGAUUGCUACAGGAGUACCUCCCGGACGGACCGCCCGAAGGCGCACAACGCCAAUGGCGUGACGACAACAUCCCUUCCAAGGGCAGAUUUGGCCUGCGACGCGCCCUGCGUACGAAACUGCACCUCACCGUUUACACGAUCCUGCACGCCUUCUUCUCCCUGUACAUCAGAAUACGACAGGCAUGGCACCUGGUGUGCUACCACGUAUCCUCCAUCUUGUUCUAUCACCAUCGAACCCCUGAAUAUAUCGAGCGCGACGUCGUCGGCCUGAAGCAGAAGCCGAAGCACCUCAGUGUCAUUUUGAAGCGUGAAGAGGGCGGCAGACAUGGAGCCGAGCUGGAGAGGCUGGUUGCCGAGGCGGCCGAAAUUGCCGUCUGGUGUGUGUGCGCCAAGAUCCCCGUUUUGACGGUGUACGAGCGAACAGGUCUCCUGAAGCACUACCUCCCCCAUCUCCAGCAGUCCAUCAUCCAAAAGUCCCGAUCCUACUUUGGCAGACACCAGCCGUCCCUCACCGUGGCCAUGCCCCACUCCGACGAUGUCCUCGAAUCGCCCGCCCACGGCGACUUCGUACGCGACGACCCGCGCCAUCUCAAGGUCCUCUUUAUUUCCGCUGAAGACGGCCGCGACUCCAUGGUCGACCUCACGCGAACGUUGACUGAGAUGUCCCAGAAGGGUAAGCUCCACCCUGGCGAUAUCAGCACGGAUUUGAUCGAUGCCGAGUUGUCCGAGGGCAUCAUGCCGGAGCCCGACUUGCUCAUCUCUUUCGGCCCCUAUGUCGACCUUGACGGCUACCCGCCCUGGCCCAUCCGUCUGACCGAGAUCUUCUGCCUGCCCGACAACCAGGGCGUCGGGUAUCAGGUCUUCUUGAGAGCGCUAAACAACUUCGCCAAGGCGCAGUUCCGCAAAGGCAAAUAA